AUGUCUGGACCUGAGGAAAGGGGUGGCAGAGGUGCUGGUGGCAGUGGAGAAGCUCAAGCUCAAGGCCAACCCCGUGAUUCAGCCAUGGCGCCCAUGCAACCAAGUCUUGGCCCACCUAGGGAUGAGCCUAGGGUGUUUGGGCUUGACAAGUUCAACGGUGACAACUUUGCUGAAUGGUCCUUCAAGAUGGAGAACAUCUUUGACCACUAUGACCUGCUGGAGGUGAUGGAAGGAACGGAGAAGCGCCCCGAGAACGACCCGGAGAAGAGCCCGUGGGUGCGGAAGAGCGCACAAGGCUAUCUCUUACUUGGGCAAGCGUUGGGGAGCAGUCAGAUCCGUCACAUCAAGCCAUUCCAGCAUGAACCAGAGAAGGGACCAAAGGCAUGGGCUGCUCUCAAGGGUGUACAUGCUCCUGCAACAGCGGCGGUAGCGGUGGUGUUGGAACGGCAAAUGGCGGCACUACGAAUUGAAGAAGACGAAGCGGUUGAAGAAGGGGUGCAGAAAUUCUUCGACUUGUUGACGCGGCUUGAGGGAGCUGAUUUGAACUACAGUGAGCUCCAAAAGAAGACCAAGUUGCUGGCCUUACUCCCAGAGUCAUGGUCCUCGCUCAUCAUCAACCUUAAUCGCGACUUGCCCCGCCUCUCGCUUGAAGACGUGAAGCGAGCUAUCCUUCAAGAGGAUUUCCGCCGCCGUGAGUUGGCGAGUGCGGAUGGCGCUGGGGCAGCGAGCAUCGGCCGUGGAUAUGGUCGAGGAAGAGGCAGAGGACGAGGGGAAGGAAGGUUUGGUGGCAGCAACUUCGGCGGAGGCCGCAGGAGUGGCGGUUACGGCAGCGACGACAAGAGCUACGGACGCGGUCGCGGCCGAUUCGACGGCGAGUGUCACUAUUGCCACAAGAGCGGACACAUGUGGCGCGACUGCUACAAACUCCCUGAUGGUUGGACCCCUGCUCAAGGCCAAGAGGGUAGAGGAGCAGGAGGAGGGAGAGGACGAGGCCGUGGAGGCCGUGGCGGUCGCGGUGGCGGAGCUGCAAACAUGAAGAGCGGAGACAACGACAAGGACCCGAGCGACGAUCGAUACCCGGGUCUAUUCUACUCCGUGUCGACGCAAGUACCGGCUGGUCCAGAGAAGGAUGAAGGCUUUAAGGAGCCAGCAGCUGUGGGGAAGGUGACCCUACACCCCCUGGACUAUUGGGUGAUUGAUAGUGGCGCUACCUAUAGCAUGACACCUCGCCCGGACUUGCUCACCGAACUCGAGCCGUCACCGGUGAAGCAUGUCACAUCGGCUUUGGGGCAGCGAGCAGAGGUGAAAGGCAUGGGCAAGGCCAUGUUCAAGGGUGCUGAUGGGAAGAUGGUGGGCCUCAAGAACAUCCCAGUGGUCCCUAUGCCUAAGGAGAGGCAAGUGGCAGCAAGCAUCAGCACCAAGGAUGGAGCGGUCGGUAGCGACGAUGGCGCGAACGGUCGCGCUAAGGAGAAUGAGCUCAAGAAGAGCAAACCUGGAGGGACCAUCAAUUUCAGUGAACCUAAGGAGAGUGGUGCAGCAACCAAGGAGCAGCAAAAGGGUGAGGAGAACCCAGAGGCAGCAGCGGAGGAGGACUACGGAGAGAGUAUGUGGGGCGCUAUUGCGAGCGCGGCAUUCUCCAAUCCAACUUCGGCUACGGGGGAGUGUGAUUGGCUCACCUUGCAUCGGUGCAUGGGGCAUGUGGCCCUGCCCAUCUUGCAGCAGCUAGUGAAGAAUGAGAUGGUUGCUGGCAUACGUGUGAAGGGGGAGCCCGAUGAGGUGCUUGGCUGCCCGACGUGCAUUCAAGCCAAGUUCACCCGGUUUCCGUUCCCUAGUUCGGAGGCAACGGCAAAGGCACCGCUUGAUGAGGUGGUGAUGGACGUGGUGGGCCCCCUGAAGCUUGGAGCUGCUGGAGCUGAGUAUUUUCUCACCAUUGUCGACGUCUACACCCGCAUGACUUGGGUGUACGUGCUGGCCAAGAAGAGCGACGUGGCUGAAACGUUGAAGACGGAUUGGUUCCCGAUGGUGGAGCGGCAACAAGACCGUCUAGUCAAGUCAAUCCGCACCGAUCGAGGGGGAGAGUUCCUGAGCAAAGAGUUUGGGUUGUGGCUGAAGAAGAAUGGUAUUCGGCACUCCCUCACCAUGCCAUACUCCCCUGCAAUGAACGGCAUCGCCGAGCGAGCGAACCGCACAAUCACGGAGGCGGCACGCGGGUUGCUCAUUGAAGCCGGGCUACCCGACUAUUUCUGGCCUGAUGCGGUGCGGAGCGCGUGUGUGGCCAAGAACAGAGCCUUGACUCAUGUGGGAGCAGACAAAUGGGUGCCCUAUGUGGAGUGGCCAGGAAGGAAGCCAAAGGUGGAUAUGCUUCGGGUGUUCGGGUGCAUGUGCAUGGCGCUCGUACCUAAGCAUCUUCGGCACAACAAGCUUGGUGCCAAGGCGGUGUGGGCCGUGCACUUGGGCAUGGCUCAAAACAGCAAGGGAUGGCUUCUUUGGGACCCAUUCACCAAGAAGUUCUUGGUGAGCAGGGACUGCAAGUUCAUGGAGAACUUCAUGUACAAGGAUUGGAAGGCGGAGAAUGAGGCGAAGAUAGGCGUGCGGUUUGGGGAGGUGAAGAGUUCCGGUUUGGAGCAUGUGGAGCUGCCUUUGGAGCUGAGCAGCGGCAGCACAACCACAAGGCAAUCCUCCCUUGUGAAUGGGGGAGAGGAGGCCAAUGAUGCAGAGGAAGAAGAGGAGGAGGUGCAGCAAGUGAGCGAGCGUGCACCGUCACUCCCUUCCCGUACUACGAGUGCUCCACGGAUUCGAGCCACACCGCAGCAACGCCAAGGCCUUCAAGUCCCUGCAGCUGAGGAGGAAGGAAGGGGGAAGAGGAGAGUUCAGCCCCCUAAUAGGCUGACCUAUGAUGCGCCGGGAAAGCAGGGCAAGACAGCCCUGGCCGGAGCGGCAAUGAUGGUCGGAGACGACGAGGAGAGUGACUACGAGGAGUGUGCCUUCGCGUUCUUCUCUCCGGUGGAGAUGCCGGGAGAACCAGCAACUCUCAAGGAGGCUUUGGAGAGUAGUGAUGCUGAGGAGUGGAAGAAGGCCAUGGAGAGUGAGCUGAAGAGCAUCGAGGAGAAUGACACGUUUGAAUUGGUGGAGCUACCGGAGGGGCGUACGGCGAUAACGUCCAAGUGGCUCUUCAAAAUCAAGUCGGAUGCCGACGGCAAGAUCGAGCGCUACAAGUCUAGGCUUGUAGCCAAGGGGUACCAGAAGAAGGAGAAGGUGGACUUCAAGGAGCUGUUUUCCCCUGUGGUGAAGCCGACGACGCUGCGAACCCUAUUCGCGGGAGCCGCCAUCAAAGGAUGGGUAGUAAAGCAAAUGGACAUCGUAACGGCAUUCCUUAACGGCAUCCUUGAGGAGGAGAUUUUUAUGGCGCAGCCAGAGGGGUUUGAUGAUGGUAGUGGCAGAGUGUGGAAGCUGAAGAAGGCCCUCUAUGGGCUGAAGCAGGCCCCUAGGCAAUGGUACAUGAAGCUGCGCGAAGUGUUGGAGGGGAUCGGCUUCACUCCCUCAACGGCCGAUCACUCCUUGUUCAUGCUUGGCGAGGGGGAGCAGAGGAGUUUCAUGGUGGUUUAUGUGGAUGACAUCCUCAUUUUCUCACCCUCUUCUGACCUUGUGAAGGAGGUGAUGCUGAAGCUUCAAGACAAGUUCAAGUGCAAGGCCCUUGGUGACGUGAGCUUCUACCUUGGGCUCCACAUCGAACGAGAUGUGGAGAAGCGGUGCAUGCGGGUGCAUCAACGAAAGUACCUGGAGGCAUUGGCUGCCAACUUUGGGCAGAGUGAAGGCCAUGUGGCUACACCCUUUCCCUCUGGGUUCAAGUGUGUGAAGGGACCAGAGGAGGAGAGCGUUGGUGAAGAGGAGAGGCGCCGAUUUCACUCGUUGGUGGGCAGCCUCAUGUAUGCGGCGGUAAACACCCGACCGGACGUCGCGUUUGCUACCGGGAAGCUGGCUAGGGUUGUGCAAUGCCCUAAUGAGGAGCAGGUAGCAGCUGGAAUGAGGGUGGCCAAGUAUCUUGGCCAAACACCGACCGUUGGGCUGCAAUACUCGGCGGCGGCACAAAGGCGCCAAAAGGGCGCGGAUGGUGUUGAACCCGGGCGUUUGUUCCUCACCGCCUACUCGGAUGCUUCAUAUGCAUCAGAACCAGAGGACAUGACAAGUGUGGGAGGCUUCAUAUGCUGUGUUGGUGGAGGCCCAACUGCUUGGGAGAGCAAGAAGCAGGUUGACCAAGCUUUGAGCUCGGUGGAGUCCGAGUACAUGGCACUCUUCCGUGCCGUACGGGAGAUUGUGUGGCAGCGGCGUUUGUUGGCUGAAUUGGGGGAGGAGCAGCAAGGACCUACCCCACUGUACUGUGACAGCCAGGGUGCCAUUUCUCUUGCUAAGAACCCUGUGUUGCAUGGACUCACGAAGCACAUGAGGGUGAAGUGGCAUUGGACGAGGAGCAUGGUAACCGCGGGUGAAGUUGAGUUGCGCUACGUGAAGACCACGGGGCAGCCGGCUGACAUGAUGACCAAGAGGCUGGUGGAGCAGCAGCAUUGGAAGUGUUGCAAGCUGGCUGGGAUGGCUCUGAACUGA